CAGUGACAGUGUGGUGUGUGGUGGAUGACGUUUCAGGUUAUGUUAAGUAUUUUUAAUUUAAGAUAAGAUGUACGAUUUAUGUAUAAAUUAAUUGACACCAGUAAAAAUGACACACUAGCAGUUCUGGUUGUUUCGAUGUGUUGUCAACUAUUUCAAAGUAUUCCGUUUUUAGCAGAAGUACUUGGCAAUUAUUGAAAAAUCAUAGUUUCUUUUUAACUAAAGAUGGGUCCACCAAAAUCAACCACAAAACUCUUACAACAGCUAAGGUCUCUUAUGCAAAACAAAAAGUAUGUCAAAGAACCCAUAAGUGCUUACAUUGUUCCUUCCAGUGAUGCCCACAAUAGCGAAUACCUAGCUGAAUGUGAUGAAUACAGAGCCUUCAUAUCCGGCUUCACUGGAUCUGCCGGUACUGCUAUUAUCACAGAUAAAGAAGCCCUUUUAUGGACAGAUGGAAGGUACUACUUACAGGCCAGUGAGCAGUUGGAUUCAAAUUGGGUGCUUAUGAAAGAGGGACUACCAACUACUCUCACCCAAGGUGAUUGGCUUUCUAAGAACCUAAUACAAGGAUCCAGAGUAGGUGUUGAUCCCAAAGUAUAUUCGUACAGCAAAUUCAACCCUCUGCAAUCCAAACUAGAGUCCUCUGGUCACCAACUGGUCCCCAUUACUACGAAUCUUAUAGAACUUAUAUGGAGCGAUAGACCAGCAAGACCUACAAAUCCGAUAAAGCCCCUUGCGAGAAAUUACACCGGAAAAUCUGUAGCACAAAAACUAAAAGAAGUCAAUACUGCCAUGAAAGAAAAGCACGCUGAAUAUUUAGUACUAUCGGCCUUGGACGAAAUAGCCUAUUUUCUUAACCUUAGAGGCUCUGAUAUCGAAUUCAACCCCGUAUUUUUUUCCUAUGUUAUCAUCGGUAACAAUAAUUUUACAGUGUUUUUGAACGAUAAACAAAAUAGUAGUGCUGUUAAGGAACAUUUGGAUUCUGAAGUUGAAAACAGUAGCUACAAGAUUGAAAACUACGAUAAUAUUGAGAAGAAAAUAGAAGAACUGACCAAUAAAGUUGAAGGAUAUAUAUGGUUUUCGGAGCACACCAGCUUUGCUCUGACAGAUCUUGUCCCCAAGAAACACAAAUUGAUGACCGAUAUAACACCCGUUUGCUUGAUGAAAGGCGUCAAGAACGAAACUGAGAUCCAAGGUAUGCGCAACUGCCACAUAAGAGAUGCUGCUGCUCUGUGCUGCUACUUUGCCUGGCUAGAGGCCAACGUAAAAUCUGAAAAAAUCACCGAAAUUUCUGGCGCAGACAAACUUUUAGAGUUCAGAAAGAUGCAGAAGGACUUCGUCGGGCCUAGUUUCGCGACCAUAAGUUCUGUAGGUCCACAUGGAGCUAUUAUCCAUUAUAAACCUAAUCAUGAUACAGACGCACAAAUUACUGCAGAUCAGGUAUAUCUCUGCGACUCCGGCGGCCAGUAUCUCGACGGUACCACCGAUGUAACGAGAACGCUGCAUUUUGGAACACCAACUCCUUUCGAAAAAGAGUGCUAUACGAGAGUUCUUAAAGGGCAACUUAAGUUGGGUUCCCGCAUAUAUCCGUCCAAAAUUAAAGGUAACUGCUUGGAUUCGUUCGCACGUGAAUUCCUCUGGCAAGUAGGUCUGGACUACGGUCACGGAACAGGCCACGGGAUCGGUUCUUAUCUGAAUGUACACGAAGGACCAAUGGGUAUCUCAUGGCGACCAAUUCCUGAAGACCCCGGUUUAGAACCAGGCAUGUUCAUAUCCAACGAACCAGGAUUCUAUCAAGAUGGCGAAUUUGGCCUUAGAAUCGAAGAUAUAGUCCAAGUAGUUGAAGCGAAACCACCCCAUAAUUUUAAUAACAGGGGAUAUUUGACUUUUGAAACUAUUACUUUAAUGCCGAAGACCAAUAACCUUAUUUUAGUGGAAAUGUUAACUGAUGAGGAAAUUAAACAACUUAACGAUUAUCACAAACAUUGUUUAGAAGUUGUUGGAGCUGUUUUGGACAAACAAGGCCAGAUUCAAGCUAAAGAAUGGUUGGUUAGAGAAACAAAGCCUUUAACUAGAUAGAAUAUGUAUAUUUUUGUUAAAACUAAAUUUUGUUGUAAGAAUUUAAUAAAUGCAUUUAACUUU